AUGGCUAUGAGUGGCGCCGAGAGAGUAAAAAAGUAUCGAAAGAAAUUAAAGAAGGAUAAGGUUAAGCACAAUAUUGUUAAAGCGAAAGCUCGUGUUCUUAAUAACUCUGUAAAAACAAAGUUAAAAGGCGCGGCGUUGGAAAAAUUUCGUAUUAAUAGUAGAAAUCGUCAGAAAUUAUAUCGUGAGAAUAAGUCGUCAAUCAUUCCAUCAAUCGUUCCAAAACCUACUUAUCAACGUACUCAGGUCCAGCUUGCUGACAAAUUAAAACAGAGUGUUUAUAAGUUUUAUGUUCGUGAUGACAUUUCCUAUCAAUUACCUGGAAAACGUGAUACAAUUGUUGUGAGAGAUGAAUACGGAGGGAAAUCAACUCAUCAGAAACGUGUUUUGAUUGCUAGUAUACGUGAAACACAUGGAUUGUUUAUGUUAGAAAAUGUAGGUGUUGAUAUUGGAGGUACGGCUUUUGCUUUGUUAAAACCUGGUUUUGUUGUUCCAAAAGCUGCCUUAGCUCAUCGUAAUUGCUUGUGUCAACAUCAUGAAAAUGUUUAUUUGUUGAUAAAACUGUUGGAAAAAUACGUAGGUGGCAGAGCGUGUUCAUCUCUGCAAAAUUUAAGCGAUUCCUUAGUUUGUUCGACGGAAAGCGAGGAAUGUAUGUUCGGUCAGUGUCCAUUGUGUACAGGGAAUUUCAAAGAAAAUAUCGAAGAUGAGAUCACAGAUAAAUCUGCUAAAGUAAAUUAUUGUCAAUGGACGAAUGAAAAUGGUCGUGCGGAAAAAAAGGAGUUUUCCGGAACUGUGAAAGAAAUUGUUAGCUUGUUGAAUUCCAAAGUUGCUCAUUUUUUGUUUCAUGUUUACGUAAAGCGUCAGCAGUCGAAGUAUUUUGAAAAAUUAAAAUUGGAAGUGAGUGAUGAAAAAGUUUGUAUUCAAGUCGAUUUCGCAGAAAACUAUGGCAUGAAAGAAAAUGAUGAAAUCCAGUCCGCACAUUGGUCUACUAAAACGUUGAGUAUAUUCACUGCAUAUGUUUGGGCUGAAAGUGAAUGUUUUUCGUACGCUUUGCCUUCCAAUGAUAUUUCUCAUGAUAAGUUUGUUGUUGAUUCUGCUCUGAAAAUGAUUUUGAAUGACUUGAAAACUGUACUUCCAAGUGUUAAAGAGAUUACUUUCUUUUCCGACGGCGCAGCUAGCCAAUUUAAGCAGAGAUUUCAUUUUAGAAAUUUACUUGAAAUUGCUAAUUUUUAUAAAGUGAAACUCAGUUGGAAUUUCUUUGCUACUUCACAUGGCAAGGGCGUCGUCGAUGGGAUCGGUGGUACUGUCAA